UGGGUUUGGUUCCGGCAGCUGUCAAACUCUUGGCGUUCCUGGGGCGGGCUCGUCCCUGUGCAGGGCUCCCUCCAGUAUCAGCCUUCAGGAAACAAAUUGACUUCCUCGGUCUCCUAGCAACGAGGGACUGGCUGCAGUCUGUGGGAGCUGUGGCACAUUCCAAAUCGCUCAGGCGCUAGCCGGAACCCAGGGGCCCGGCCCAAACGGGAGCCGAAAACCAGAGCUUGCAAGAAUAAGCAGGAAAUGGCGGACGAGGCGUUGUUUUUGCUUCUUCAUAACGAGAUGGUGUCUGGAGUGUACAAGUCCGCGGAGCAGGGGGAGGUGGAAAAUGGACGCUGUAUUACUAAGCUGGAAAACAUGGGGUUUCGAGUGGGACAAGGAUUGAUUGAAAGGUUUACAAAAGAUACUGCAAGGUUCAAGGAUGAGUUAGAUAUCAUGAAGUUCAUUUGUAAAGAUUUCUGGACUACAGUAUUCAAGAAACAAAUCGACAAUCUAAGGACAAAUCAUCAGGGCAUCUAUGUACUCCAGGACAACAAAUUUCGUCUGCUUACUCAGAUGUCUGCAGGAAAGCAGUACUUAGAACAUGCAUCGAAGUAUUUAGCAUUUACAUGUGGCUUAAUCAGAGGUGGCUUAUCAAACUUGGGGAUAAAAAGUAUUGUAACAGCUGAAGUGUCUUCAAUGCCUGCCUGUAAAUUUCAGGUGAUGAUACAGAAGUUGUAGGACAUACUGAAAUGCAAGGCUUCAACUAUGUAAAGAUUUAGUUAAAUUAUUCCUGUAUAAAGUAUUUCAAAUAGCAAUGAUUUAAUUACAUUGUUGGACAUUGGUGUUGAUACAAGCUAUUUGCUAACUUGUAUAAUGAAAGAUGUGUUCUUAAGCAGGAGUAAGGUUGUAUUAUCAAUUUAACAUAGACCAAACUAAAGCAGAUAAAGAGGUAUUUAGAGUGAAAGAAACCUGAUUUCAAAUAAACACCAAGAUGUAGGAUUCUUAUUUUAAACAGUUUUGUUUGCUUAGAGAGAUGUGUAUUUAACGACAGAUGGAAAAGCAAAACUACGAGUUUUAUAAAUUAGCAUAAAGAAAAUUAUGCACCAGCCAGAAUCAUUUGUGUAAGAAUGAACAGAUUUUGAUUUUGUUUUAUGAACUUUAGUUAUUAAAAAAGCAAAUAGCAUGCUAAAUUAGAAUUUUUAUUUUAUUGUUAUAAUUUAUUUUUAUUAAGAAUUUUUAUACCUGUAUAAGAAUUUCAUUACAUACAUUGUAUAUAUGUGUGAGAGAUGUCAUAUCUGACUGCCUAAAUUGCUCAAAAAAAUACUUUCACUUUAAUAGAAUUUAGUUCUGGAGGGAUCCAUUAAUAUAAUAAAAGUGAAAUAUAGAUUAGUUUAAAUGUGAAUUCAGUGACUCUAGGGCCAAAGAAUAUUAGAUAUUUUAGAGAGGAAUUUUUAUACUUACUCCUGUUAGUUUCACCUUUCAGCGUUUCUCUUGUUGUGUAGAAGUGCUGGUGGUUUCUAACUUUUUCAUCUUUCUUCCCUUAUUUACUCUUCCCCGUAAAGGGUAGAAGGGUAGAUUCAGUGUGUGGUGAGGGUCUACUUCUUAGUUCACAAAGGCGUAAUUUUUGUCUGUGUUCUCACUUGGUGUUAAGGGGACUAGCUAACUCUCUGGGGUCCCUUUUAAAAGGGCACAAAGCCCAUUCAAGAGGGCUUAGCCCUCAGGACCUAAUAAUCAGUUCCCAAAGGCCCUGCCUCCUUAUAUUUUCACCUUGGCUGUCAAGGUUUGAACACAUGUAUUUUCAGGGACACAAAUAUUCAGUCCAUAGCAGAACCCGACAUGUGGUGAGCAAGGGGAAAGCAGAAUCCUACAGCCAGGGUUAUCUGCUGAAUUGUUUCCAAAUCCAACUAAAAUACAGCUGUAGGAUGGGAGUUCAACUUAGGCAUCAGGCUGGGACUGGCACAAUUUUGGAGUCAUAAAAGUUAAGAAACUAGACAGGACCUACAAUUGUUUUUCAAAGUGUUCUUUGAAAAAUGAGUACUAUGAUCAAAUGCAUUUUAGAAAUCCAUCCUCUUUUGUAGAUUUUUAAUGCAUUUUAAUGGCAUGUUACAGAUUCUGGAGAAAAAAAAUUUAUUUAACCUAGUGUUUGAUCACAGUACUAUUUUUUCAACACUAAUAGCUCAAAUCAGCAUUUUAGGGCAAUCUGUGAAAUACUUGUUUUUGUUGUUCCACAUAUUUGUGCAUUCAUUGGUUGAUUCUUGUAUGUGCCCUGACGGGAUUGAACCCACAACUUUGGUGUUUAGGGACAGUGCUCUAACCAACGCAGUUACCCAGCCUGGGCUGACCUUUCUAUAAUUUCUAAAACAUUUUUCUCUCUGUCCCCAGAUAGUAGAAGUGAUAAUCAGAAUCAAUUUUAAUAUGUUUCUAAUUGGUUUAUUCUGCUAAGAGACACAGGUGAAAUAAACCUUAAAAAAAUUAAUUAAAAUGAAUGAAAUUUUAAUGACAGUACUACCACAAUUUAGUAAAUGUAUAAUAUCCUCCUGGCCAAAAGAAGUAAUGUAUCUUUUAUGUGAACAAAAAAGUGCAGGUGCAAUCUAAUUUAUUUUUCACUAUCCUACAGACCUGAUUAAACUACCAUUUGGUAGCUAUUUUCAAAAUAACUACUUCUAAAUUCUGUAUUUAAAAUGUGUCAUUUCUCAACAGACUUUAGGCUUUCUACCUCUGUUAAGAGUUGGGGAACUUUUUCUCUUCAAUUUCUCAUUAAAAUCAGAAGAUAACUUUUAAUAGUGAAUGCCUCGAUUGAUCUUAUGAUUAUACUUGCAGUCUGCACACUUUAUUUUUUAUUACAUUAGUGACUUAAAAUGUCUAUUACUUUUAUUUGUCUCUACAUUCCUAAAAAAUAUCCUUAUGCCAUGUUGAGUCAUUAUAAAAAUGGGUUCUCCGUUACCUAUUUGAUAUCCUCCAGCUUGUUAGAUAAUAGAGGUGUAACUGCAUUAAAAUAAUUUCUUAUACCACUUGUCUUCAGGACAUGUAAAAUUGCUUUCUUUCUUAUGCUACCCAGUCCCCAGGAAUUUAGCCCUCUGUGAGUAGUAUAUAUAACUACAUGUUCAGCCACUAGUUAUGAAAGAAAUGUAAGUCAGAACAAUAAUUGACACUUUACCUCUAUUAAAGCAAUACCCAGGAGUCCCCCUCCCUCCAGCAUCAAAUUAACCAAAAAAAAAAUGUGAGGCUAUAACAGCUGGUUGUGGUAUAGGUUGGAAAUAUAUACUCUUUAUGGUAGACACUGCUGGCUGCAUACCCAAUAACCACACUCCCCUCUUUUCCAACAGAACUCCAUAUUUGAUAGGAGUGGCAAUGUGCUCAGCUAAAAAAAUUACUAUUUCCACUUUUCUUUAUAAUGAGAACAUGUCAUAACUCUGGCAAUGUAAGUUUUCUUAUAAUGCUUUGCUCCCCUGACAUACACAAGAGGAGACUGUGCCUUUUUUUUUUUUUUUUUAAGAUUUUAUUUAUUUUUAGAGAGAGGGGGCAGGAGGGAGAAAGAGAGGCAGCGAAAUAUCGAUGUGUGAGAGAUACAUCAAUCAGUUGCCUCUUGCACACCCACAACUGGGAACCUGGCCCGCAACCCAGGCAUGUGCCCUGAUGGGGAAUCGAACCUGUGACCUUUCAGUUCGCAGGCUGGCACUCAAUCCACUGAGCCACACGAGCUAGGGUGAGAUGGUGCCUUUUUAUCCUUCCUGGAAUCUAGAUGUGAGGCAACAAAGCAACCAUAUCAUGACUGAAAAGAUGAAAGCUCCACACUAAAACUGAUAAAAGAAAAAUCGGGAUGCAGCCCAGGACAUUUAAAAUAUUAAGCGUUGCUGCACAAGUCCUGAACUUAUACCAGAAUUAUCAGAUGAGAGGCAAAAAUUCCUAAUUUUUAAAACCUCAGUUAAGUUUUCAAAUGCAGUAUUAACUGAUAAGACUUGUAUGGACUGCAACCCUACCCUUGGGAACAUUAACCGAAGAAAGCAAAAAGUUAUGUACAAUGACGAUAUUCAUGGUAGCAUUUUUUAUAUUGGAUUAACACUGAAAACAGAUUAGAGAUAUCCAACAAUGAGAGAAUGCUUAAAUUCUGGUAAAAAAACCACAACAACCUGGACUAAUAGGUUGACAUUUAAAAAUCAGCUUUCUCAAGACAUAACAGGAAAGAUUCAACUUUAAAUUACAUCUGCUCUAUUUGUAACUAGUGGCAAAAGUAUUGGUUCCCUGAUUCACAAUUAUUCCUAAUUCCCUUUUCCUUUUCUACCUCUAUUAGAAAGUCUGGAAAGGCUUAACAAUUUCAUUUCUUGGCCUUUCUUGGAAUGAGAGGUGAUCAUCUUACACACUUGUGGCCAACAGAUGGACACAAAUCUGUGGCUAUCUGGAGGUUUUGCUUGUAUGAGAAAGAAACCUGUUUUGAAAACAGACACAUAGCUUUGAAUUGCAGUGGCCAUCUUGUUGUCAUGAGGGAAACGCCAAAAGAAUCAGAGACCUGGGUAUCAUGGAUUGGUUGAACCAGUGCCAGUAGGCAGCUCCUCUAUACUUCUCAUUAUGUGAGAAAAAUAAACCCCUGUUUGAAGAACCAUUGCUCCUAGGAUCUGCUGCCCCUAGGGUCUUCUGUUACUUAAGGUGGAAAACUUUCUACCUGAGUAUAAAUUAUAUAUGAACAGAUUUGACAGAAAAAUUAAAGCAGUCAACUUGUUAGGGUACUAUUAAAAAUGUUAAAGUUUUGUGCAAUAAACCAUUUAAAUAAAAGUACUGAGCUUAAACGGA